AUGAAGGGUGUCAGGGAACUGGCUCUGGUGGCCAGUGCGUCGCUUGCCCAGGCGCUGUCGACCGCGUCGCUCUCCGCAGCAGCGACCACUGUGGCGGCCACGGCUGGUUCGGCACCCUUGUUGUUCUCCUAUGAGACGAAGCAAUUGACCGAUAGCGUGCUCGCCGAUGUGUCGGCGAGCCUGCAGAACAGCACCAUUGCUAGCAUGUUCGACUUCGCAAACAACUCCACGGCCAAGCGGAGUGUCCGCCACAGCUGCAAGCCGAUGCCUGGCGAUUUGCUGUGGCCCGUGGACCUCAUUUGGAACAUCUUUGAUCGCUUGCUCGGCGGCAGUCUGAUCAAGACGAUCCCCCUGGCGUCAGUCUGUUAUCCUGACUGGCCAGAGUACGAUGCCACCAUGUGCGCGACCAUUACCGCCGACUGGCUUAGCUCGGACCUGCAUAUGGCUGAUCCAACUUCUAUCAUGCUGCCGCUAUAUGAGGGUCGCACUUGCCUACCCUCUCCGUAUAACUAUACCGCCAGUUGCACACAGGGUGCCUAUCCGGCGUACGCAGUCAACGUUUCCAGCGUGGCGCAGAUCCAGUUGGCGGUCAACUUCGCCCGCAACUUGAACCUGCGCCUGGUAGUCAAGAAUACCGGCCAUGACUUCAAUGGUAAAGCCUCCGGCAAGGGUGCCCUCACCAUCUGGACCCACUAUCUCAAGGAGAAGACCUAUUACCCGAGCUUUAAAGCAGCCAAUGGCUAUGUCGGUCCGGCCAUCAAAUUCGGCUCGGGUAUCCAAGUCUUUGAGGCCUAUGAAUUUGCUAAGAGCGUCGGCCAUUCAGUUGUAGGUGGCGAAGCUGUCACUGUUGGCCUGGGUGGUGGCUACACGGCCGGUGGUGGCCACUCCCCAUUAUCCAGUAUGUACGGUCUGGCCGCCGAUCAGGUUCUGGCCAUGCAAGUUGUUCUUGCGGAUGGCCGCUUUAUUACCGCGAGUACCACUGAGAAUCCCGAGGUUUUCUGGAUGCUCCGUGGCGGUGGUGGUAGCACCAUUGGCGUCGUAACCUCUUUGACAGUUAAGGCUCUUCCUAAGCUGGAGACCACCACUGUGACAUUCAACUUCACGGUCAACGACACGCCAAGUCCGGACGCGUUCUGGGCGGCCGUUGGCGCGUAUCUCAACGAAUUCGAGGCCUAUGUCGAUGCUGGCACCUAUGGUUACUUCUACAUCGGCGCCUCCGCAUAUGAGAUUGGUACGACCUAUGCUGGGGACACUGACUACUAUUUCCGUAUGGAAUCUUUUGUCGCGCCCAACAUGAGCGUUACCGAGACCAAAGCCCUCCUGGCUCCCUGGUUCAAUACUCUCGACAGCCUGAAUGUCUCCUACACCCCGUGGUACAACCACGCGGACAACUUCUACGAUGCUUGGGUUGAGGCUUUCCCUCAAGAAUACGUCGGAACCGAUGUUGUCAAGACUGCUUCCCGCCUGCUUCCCCGAAGCGUCUUCCAGAGCGAUGAUCUUCGCAAUCAGACCUGGGCUGCCUACAGGGACGCUGUCAAUCAGGGUCUCUUCGUCGUCGGCUUUCAUAUCAGCGGUACCGGUAUUGCCGUUGAACCCCCCACGGACAACGCCGUGCUCCCCGCCUGGCGUGACACUCUAUCACACGUUAUCGUGGGUUCCGAGUGGAACUUUACCUCCUCCUGGGAUGUGAUUGAGACCUCGUCGCUCUUCGUGACCGAGUGGAUGGACGUGCUACGUGAGAUUGCCCCGGAUUCGGGCGCUUACAUGAGUGAGGCCGAUCUCAUCGAACCGAACCUCCAGGACGCCUUCUACGGCUCCAAUUACCCGCGUCUCUACUCGCUCAAGCAAAAGUAUGACCCUAGUGGUUUGUUCUUCGCCCUGACCGCGGUCGGUGCAGAGGACUGGGAGGUUCGGACCGUCGACCCGCUGCCCUACUCGUGGAACAACAACGGGCGGCUCUGCCCGAAGUCUUCUUGA